CACAAUAGAUUAAAGAAAAAACCCUUACAAUACUUCCCCACCCCCUAAUUUACGGAUUUGGUGAACUCGAAAGUCCAAACGACCAAUUUUCUAUCACCUCUCUCUAGUCCACUCCGUCAUUUCAUUGCAUUUCAAACGAAGAACCGAAGGAAGAGCAACACCAUGCCUCCGUUUCUCUUCUUCCAUCGGCUCCCCCACUCCCAACAUAAGCGGCUUACGUUCUCAAUCGUCAUAGUACGAACAGGAGGCUCUCGGUGUCCUCCGUUCCCGAGGCUCAGCUGCCUAAACUAGCUUGUCGGUGGUGGCGAGCAUGCCAUCUUUUCUUCGCCUUUGGGUUUGUUUGAUGCGAGCAUGCAUUUAAUGUGGCCCUGUCGGUCCCCAACCACUCGCCAAAGUCGUUCUACCUAGCAGUCCGAUCAUAAUGUUUACAUAAAGGCAGUGGAGGCUGAAUGAAGUAGGUUUCUUCCCCGUAACAGAGCUCGAGAUUCCUGUGGGCAUGGUGAUCAUGUGACGCAUUCAAAUACGUUGUUAUACUAACCCUAGACGGUAAUGUUGUACCGAGGUAAAAGCAUUUAUAAAGAUCCAAGUGGCCGCUCUACCUCUUCAUGCAACUCCUCUGAAAACGUUGUACGCAGGACGUAGCUGUUCCCCGUCCCAAGACAGCCCGACGCUGUUCUCUUUCCUCGCCGCAGCCACCCACAGGGAGCUUUUUACCCUUCUUCCUGGACCUCUCUCUCGCUCUCUCUACGUCUAUUUGUCUCGUUCUCUUUGGGAAGCCUAUUUGCAAAGGAAGCAAUACGUGCAGCUACGUAGAAGAAACGAAAAAGUAAUUAAGGAUGCUGGCAGGCGCCGCUCCGCUCCUCGGUCCGUACGGUAAGUGGGGGACGAGACAGCGAGAGAUGGAAGAGCGAGUACCGCAAGGGGGUGAGAGACCGCACGCCUGUACCCGCUUCUCAAGCUGUGGUAGGGCUGACGCCAGGCUCACAUGAGGUCGCUGCGACACGUCAAAUCAUGCGGCGGCUCACCUCUCUCUUCCCCUUCCCCUCUUAUUGAGUUGUACAUGUCUCUUCGAAGACAGCAGCAGCAGCGUGUAGGUGAGCAGGAAACAUCGGUGGCCAAAACCCAUACACAUACACGCAUCUCUCUGUCGCUCUCUCGGUCGCUGUUUCCUUCUUCUGUUCAUGAGGAUUGUAGAGGAGUAACGUUGCGGUGGGAACCUGUGUGAGACGGCAAGGAGAAUGGAGGGGACGAGGUCAGGAGGAGAAAGGAAGCAGCAGCAGCAGCACUACAGGGGGGUGAGAAAGAGACCGUGGGGGCGAUACGCGGCGGAGAUACGGGACCCGUGGAGGAAGGCGCGGGUGUGGCUCGGCACCUUCGACACCCCCGUGGAGGCCGCCCUCGCCUACGACCGCGCGGCUCGGUCUCUGCGGGGAAUCAAGGCCAAGACCAACUUCCCCCACCAGUUCGCGCCAGCCCCCCCGCCUCCGCCAAACCCUCCGCCCUCCUUCGCAGCCGCUCUCGACCUCAACCACCCAUCCUUGCACCUCUGGCUCGGCCCAACCCCAACCCCACCCUCGCCAUCGCCACCUUCUCCACCGCCGUCAACCAAGCUGGCCUUGGGAGGGUUCGUGCCUCGAGAGCCUCCGGCUGCUGCCACCUCGUUCUACGCCGUCUCUGCCGGGGGCUUACCGUUGGAUCUCAACGAGCCACCGCCGCAGCUGGCGCCUGCCUUAUCGCCACUCUUCAAUUGAGCAGCCUUCCUCUGAUAUGCUAGCAUUAAUAUGCUCUGCUGAUCUGAUCCGUGCAUGUGAUAUCUUUCUCUUGUUAUUUACGCUUUCUUUCUUCUUCUACUCGUUUUAAGAUUCUUGACGUAGGUUUCGGAGAAGAACAGUAAGGAAAGUAGCAAGCAUGCACCUAAAAAAUCCAUCCAGCUGUAUAUACUUGAUGUUUAAGUGCGUCUUCUCGAAUCCUUUUCCUUCAAGGAUAGUUUUAUGUGGUCGAUCCGCACA